AUGCUGCCGUACCUCUUCCCUGACCUUGCUGCCUUUCCCACAGUCGCUGACCUCAUUACGCACCUCCGCACUAGUGACACUCGCUACCGCGCUGCGCUUCCUGCUGACUUCUGCGCCAAGAACCCCCCCCCCAUGUACAUCACUCUCUACUUCAUAGUCACCCGACUCCCUGACUCCCUUAGAGUAGUCAGGGACCACUUCCUCGCAGUGUGCCCCACCACUCUCACCAUUGACCUCCUCGAGAAGGCCCUCCUAGCGGCAAUGAAGAGCAUAGUCGCUGUAGGAGCCUCUCGUGGUGACCCCCGCACCCCUGUCUUUGAGGGGUGUUCUCCCUCCCCCCUCUUGCCCUCUGUUGCUUCUACUGUUGCGGCCGACCUCGUUGGUUUCGAGUCGGUCGACGCUGCGUCUACCCCUUCGGGGAAGCGCCGCACAGUCAAUGGCAACGGGGGCAAGGGCGCUGGAGGAGCUAGCGGGGGCAGUGGAGGUGGCGGUGGAGGCGGCGGAGGGAGUGGGGGUGGUGGUGGGAGUGGUGGAGGGGGUGGGGGUACCGGUGGCAGCAGUGGUAGCGGGGGCGGCGGCGGUGGCGGAGGGAGCGGAGGCGGCGGUGGUAGCGGAGGCGGCGGUGGUGGCAGAGGUGGCGGAGGCGGUGAAGGCGGCGGAGGAGGCGGAGGUGGCGGUGGAGCUGGUCGCGGGUCUACGCAGAGGAGUGGCUCCGGUGGUGGUCCGCGCCAGCAGCAGCAGCGCGGUUGUGAGACCUUGUCCCCUCAGCAGCUCCGUGAGUGGUACACUGCACGCCAGCGGGGUGGGGGUUUUGGUCCGUGCACCUACGUCCUGCACACCGGCGACCGUGCGGGUGAGCAGUGUGGGGGUGCGCACCCCACCCAGCGCUGCUUUGGCCGCCUGACGGACGCGUGGCGUCACCAGUUCCCUGAGGCCACAGAGAUCCCUCGCUGGGGCGAGCUGUCUAGGGCGGGAGUUGCCAUCUAUGAUCUUGAUUUUGAUGCUAUUCUGUCUCCCAUGUAUGCUGUGAAUAUUAGUGAUGAGGGUGACUGUUACUGGUGUUUCCCGCCCGAUACGGGCAUUGAGACUGCUGCUCUAGGUACUGGUGCGGCUGGUGCUCUAGGUGCUAGUGCGUCUGCGUCCUCAGGUACUGGUGAGUCAGCGCUCUCAGGUACUGUGUCGGCUUCGGCCUCCCUCACCUUCACCCUUGACUCCGGGGCUUCUCCCUCCUUCUUUCGGGACCGCACCACACUCACGCCGCUGAGUCGGCCGGUUGCGGUGUCUCUGGCUGACCCCUCUGGGGGUCCUGUCCUGUCUCACUUCUCCACAGUCCUCCCAUGUCCGGCAGCCCCCUCUGGCAACCUGUCUGGUCUCUACCUCCCCUCGUUCUCUACGAGCCUGGUGAGUGGUGCUGACCUACAGGAUGCGGGUGUCCACCAGUUCACUCCUGCGUGUCAGCGAGUGACGCACUGCACGGAGGCUCGCACAGGCCGCCACUUGGCUACGUUUACACGUCAGCCAGGGUCAAGCCUGUACACACUGACCACUGCGUCUCCUCCAGUCACUGAGUCUGGUCGGGUAGCUACGUCGGGUCAGGUGUUUGCUGCAGCGUCCAGGGGCCUGGCCCUACCUGUGUGUCCCAGGUAG